AUGGCUACAGACGAAGUUACAGGAGGGGCUCGCAAAGCUACGAAAAGCAAACUUUUUGAGUUUCUGGUCCAUGGGGUGCGACCUGGGAUGCCAUCAGGAGCUCGAAUGCCCCAUCAGGGGGCUCCCAUGGGUCCCCCGGGCCCCCCGUAUGUCGGAAGCUCCUCAGUGCGACCUGGGAUGCCCCAGACCGUGAUGGAAACAACAAGAAAACGCACUGCACCACAGCAGGUCCAGCAGCAGCAGGUGCAGCAGCAAGUGCAACAGCAGCAGCAAGCCACUCAGAACCGAACUAGGAGUGCCAAGAGGAGGAAGAUGGCUGACAAAAUUCUCCCUCAGAGGAUCCGGGAGCUGGUUCCUGAGUCCCAGGCCUACAUGGAUCUGUUGGCUUUUGAACGCAAACUAGACCAGACCAUUAUGCGGAAGCGUGUGGAUAUUCAGGAAGCGCUGAAGAGGCCAAUGAAGCAAAAGCGGAAACUGAGACUUUACAUCUCCAACACAUUCAAUCCUGCAAAAUCUGACGCUGAUGACUCUGAUGGCAGCAUUGCUUCAUGGGAGCUGCGAGUGGAGGGGAAGCUCCUGGAUGACCUCAGCAAACAGAAACGGAAGUUUUCGUCUUUUUUUAAGAGUUUGGUGAUUGAACUGGACAAAGAUCUUUAUGGACCUGACAACCAUCUUGUGGAGUGGCACAGAACUCCCACAACCCAGGAAACGGAUGGCUUCCAGGUGAAAAGACCCGGUGAUGUCAGUGUGCGGUGCACAUUACUCCUCAUGUUGGACUACCAGCCUCCACAGUUUAAACUGGACCCACGAUUAGCCCGUUUGCUGGGGAUACACACACAGACCCGAUCAGCCAUCAUCCAGGCUCUUUGGCAGUACAUCAAAACAAAUAAGCUGCAAGACUCCCAUGAUAAGGAAUACAUUAACUGCGACAAGUACUUCCAGCAGAUCUUUGACUGUCCACGGCUAAAGUUUUCUGAAAUUCCUCAGAGACUCACUAACCUGCUGCUGCCACCAGACCCUAUAGUGAUAAACCAUAUCAUCAGUGUUGACCCCAACGAUCAGAAGAAGACGGCUUGUUAUGACAUAGAUGUAGAAGUUGAAGACCCAUUAAAGGGACAGAUGAGUAGUUUUCUUCUCUCGACAGCUAACCAACAGGAGAUUACAGCAUUGGACAACAAGAUUCAUGAGACAAUCGAAUCCAUAAAUCAGUUAAAAAUACAACGUGAUUUCAUGCUGAGUUUCUCCAAAGAUCCCAAAGGAUACAUCCAAGACCUUCUCCGGUCCCAAAGUAGGGAUCUUAAGGUGAUGACUGAUGUAGUUGGAAACCCAGAGGAAGAACGCAGAGCUGAAUUUUAUCAUGAGCCAUGGUCUCAAGAGGCUGUGAGCAGAUAUUUCUACUGCAAGAUCCAGCAGCGCCGGCAGGAACUGGAACAAUCUCUGGGAGUGCGCAACACAUAAGUACUGCUCACAAGAUCCCAUUGGCAUCAUGACCACCAAACCAGUGGACUUUUCAGUGUUACUUAGCUCACUGUUACACAUGGACCUGCUUCCUGACUGGAUGAGAAUGUACCAUCAACACACCAGUCAGAACACCAGCUUUAGAGUGACCCUUGAAAAUCUUGCCCAUGGAGGGGUGUCUCAAACCAUUCCAGGCCAGAGACAGUGCCGUACAAGUGUCAGUGUUAAAGAAGAUUAAAGGUUCAUUCAUCAAUGCACAUCAUUAAGUUUUAGUGGACAGUUCAGACACUACACAGCAAAUCCUAAUGGGCUAUGCAUAGAAUCAUGGGUGGCAUCAAUGGGGGAGGUUGAGAUGGGUGUUACAGGAGACUACAGAUUUAGAGAAAUAAAUGCAGUUCUCAUUCUAUGUUACCCAAGAGUCUCAAAUAGUAACUUCUCUGGAAUUAGACAAGAUAGUCUUUCUUAUAGCUGUGGACUGCUUUAUGUUCCUGAAUAGAGUUUUUAUUCCAGCUGGAGCAGUGCAAGAAGCCAUCUCACCAUGAGAAAGAACAAACUAGGAGGAUUUUUAUUCCUGGAAUGAAGAGCUGCUCCGGAAAAAAGAAGUAUAGUCAGGACAUCUCUUCUGCAAACUCUAAUACUUUCUCCUUCCCUUGCCCCUGCAGUGAAAGGUAGACUGAAUUAGGUAACGCUAGAUGGGUACGAUCAAUGUGCCAUACUGAGAGGAAGAGAAUUAUCCCUGCGAUAAGAGCUUCUUAGGCAUCCUUAAUAUCAGUGGUGUUAGCAAAGCUGAGAUUGAAGCAAGAAAUGAGGCAUUCUGAGAAAAUGAAAAUAACUUAAUGGUGCUUUGCUGAUACCUGCCUUGAACACAGCAGAUACUAACAAUAAGCAUAUAUGUAAAAUAUGAGAUUUCUUAAAUGUUUCUCUGUGUGCCAGUAGGGAUCAGCACUGAAAAGAACUUCCCUAAUUGUUAAGUUGGUGCAGAAUCCAAGAAGCUUAACUUCAUAUAACGUGGCAGUUUUCUCUUUACUUCAAGAUGUUAACAGAGUCCCUGGAUUGGUCUCACAUUUUGAUCAUAGGUGAACUGCCUCUUACUAUGAUUAUUUAGCUCCCCCAUACAUCAUACAUACGGAUUAUAUAGGAUGCUGUUGAGUUAUAAAGCACUAUCAGCCUUAAAUAGCACAGAGAACGUAUCCCUUGGAAACCGUCUUCUUUGUACGACAAAUUCAGACUAUGGGAAUUUAUACCAUAUUUACUUGGAAGCAGGGACGUCUUCAUUAAAUCCUUCCCCACCUCAUUUUUUGUAGUGCAUAGACUAGUUUGUAAUUAAUGGUCCAACAUGAUUUCUAGUCCAAAAAGCAGCUGCCAAAGUAUAACUCUUUGUCCAGAUGAUGUGGCACUCAAAAUCCUCUCCUAGGUUAACUCCUUUUCAUCUCCUUUCUUUCCCUUUUUUGGAAGGUGAAGCAAAUUCACGUGGUACAAAAGGGAGGCAGCUCUUCUGAAUAAUGCAUUUUGUUGUAGUAUUGUCCUUUUCUCUUCUGCUAUCUUUGCCAAUUUCUUUCUUAUUUGAACUUAAAAGUUUCUUCUGUCCAGUCACAAAAGAGAAAGUAUUCUCUUCCACCCCUUUAUUUAAUACCUCUGCUUUCACAUUAAUAGUGCCAUAGCUUUUACUCUGACCAUUGUGCUCAGAGACGUCUUGGAAAAUUUACAUUUGAUUGCAGUCAUAUGAUGGCAGUACUGUCAUGCAAAACCAUUGGUGUAAGAAAAAGCACAGCUGUACCUCUUUGCCUGAGGCCUUUUACCGGGAAUGGCUUCGUUUGGAACUUUUUUGUGUUAAAACCUUUUUACAGUAAAAGGUGAAAUCCUGCAGUCUUAAACUGAGUAUAGUGAGGGGCUGUGAGGCUGCCAGACAGUGAAUGACUUGAAAUCUUAUUUACUUUAGGACUCCACUAAUUGGACUACAGGCAAGCAUUAUGAGGGAAAACAGUGGGGGUCAUCUGCUACUGUGCUUCCAUAUUUAUUACGCUGCUGUGUCAGUUGUGUGCAUGCUGUCCAGUGUAUAAAACUCUUUUCUGUAUGUGGUAAACAGAGCAGCUACAUUCAGGGGAUGCAUUCAGUCUCCAGGAAUAAGAAAUGCAGAGAACGAUAUGCAAGGAUGCGAGAAGGGCGUGGGACUGGGAUAGAUGCCUGCAGGAUGUCUGCCAGGGAAUUCUGGUUUUUGAGAACUUUCCCACUGAAGUGGCAAGUAUUUGUACAGAGAAAUUUCAGUCAUGUGCCACAGCUGGCAACAUAAUGGAGUCCAGCCUGCUUUUAGAAUCUCUCUGUAGAAUUAACUGGAUGGAUCUGCUUUCAAGUCUCUUUCAGAGCAAAUUAACAAAACUAAUGUGGUGUUGCUGCCUAGUGUUCACAACAGCACCACUGGAAGAUGAAUCUGUGUUAAGCACCAAUGCUAUACUGAAGUGUGCAUGUGCGUGCGUGCACAUGCAUGAGUCAGCCACUGUAGAUGGCACUGAAGAUGGCAAUCCAAAAUCUAAAUUCUUAUAUCCCACUGUCCAUGUUCCUACUGUACAUAAAAAGACUGGUCACCAACAGUGAGUCUUAGGAGUAGCUGUCAGGUGGCUUUCCUUUGGUUAAACUGGGGUUUGAGAUUUUGAUGCUUUUUUCCUGUGUUCAGAAGCAGUUCAGGCCUUUUACUGAAGAGACACAGAGAGAAAUUUUGUCCUCUGUUCCAGGAGUGCAGCUAGGAGCUUGCUUGUUUGCAAAAAAGAGAAAUUAUAUUUGAAGAGAAAUAAUGGAGUAAUGCUGGGAGGAACUGGGCCAAAUGCUGCUUGGGCAUACGAAAAUGAAAGGCAGUGGUACUGAACAGGCACGUAAUUGUGGCAGAUUGUGAAUGAUAAAUUCAUUUUAGGUUCAGGAUGGUUGUCUUUUUGUGUGUAUAAAAGAUGACAAGAAGAUGUUUUGGGGUAUUCAGUUGCUGCCACAGUACAAUACAAAUCUGUGCAUA